UUGAUGCGUCUUCCUCUACUGAUGUUCAGGAAAGUAGCGAAAUGAAACUCUGCGUAUCCUCCUGUUAAUCCCCACGUGCUUUAGGUGACGAUUUCACAUCCCCGCGAAGUUUCUCAAAACAAACACAAAAAAGCUCCGUAACGUUAUACAGCCAAUGAAUUAAACAUGGACCCGAGUCCCAGAAGGCCGAUCACCCGAAGCCUCAGAGCUGUACAAGCGGUGAAAGGCGACAUAAUCUCUCCGGUACAAGAUCGUGACCGAGAUUUGAAUGGACAAAACGAGCGGGAUCACAGUAAGGAACGAGUGAAAUGGACGCGGCAGUGCGGUGAAAAGAAAGCAAAAAAAAAGGCGUAAAGGUUACCGGCAGAGCGCGAGCGCAUCAUGGAGAGCGGCCGCGGCCUCGCGCGCGUCAUCCAGCAGCUUCAGGAUGAAAUCAGGAAGCUCGAGACGGAGAACAAGGCGCUGCGCGGGCAACUCAGCCUCCCGCUCACCGAGACAUCACCCACCGACUCCCAGCUGAGAGAAGGAACCCCGGAGAUCCACGCUAACCUGAGACGGAACGUUUCGGUACCGGCGCUGGAGGACCAGUACAAAGAAAAUAUGAUCAUGACCGUCCGGAGGUAUUCCAUAUCCUCAAAUGCAAUUCAUGUGCCCUGUAAGAGUGUGAGCUCACAUAAACCUCGGAGCGACAGUGACUGGGCCAGACUGCGAGGAGGAGCUCGCGGACUCAGCAAUACGGCUACAGAGGACAGAGACAAAGCAGAUGACAAAUCAGCAAACCGGCGCACACUUCAGCAUUGUGUCAAUAAAGCCAGAGCCAAAGAGAAGACGGUUACAUUCCUGCUGCCCGUGGAUGACAUCUACACCAACCGGCCCUUUGUGGCAGACCACCUGCCCGACACGAGCUCAUGUGAUCUCCAGGAGACAUCAGAAACAGAUUCGUGAUGCAGGAACAAACAGAAUGGGACAGACGAUAUGAUCUCACAUUUAAUCUCACCAGAGGAGCUUCAUCACCCUACACUGCUGCAUUUUUCAGGUCACAGCGACGUUUGAUUUCUACACUUGACCUCCUCCAAACUGAGUCCAGUUACAGAUUCGGUUUCGUGAAUUCAUUCUGCGCAUGGUUUCUCCCUGGAUGGACCAAUCAGGUGUCACUUUCCAACAAAGUCAUGUGGCUUCUGCAUAUGACACGGUUUACCUGAACAUAAAGGCUACGACACAUGGUGUGGAAGCUGCGAUUGUACCUGAACUGGUGCAGCUGCGUUGAGAGUGAAGAGACGUUCAGCAUUGAGCCUGUGGAACUUUAUGUUAAUAAUAUAAGGGCUGACUGCUUCAACGUAUGUAAAAGUACCAUAAUUAACACUGGAUUUAUAGCACUGACCAAAUGUUUAGUUGUAAAACAUCAUAUUCUGAAGCUAGCAUUUUGUGGUGAUCAUAAAUUCAGGACUGAAUGAAUUCUAUUAUAUUAAAUGCAUUAAUACGGGUUUAAUAUUAUUAGUAUUAAGUAUCAGCUCUUCUGUUUGUACAAAUGUAAUCAGAGUUGCUUGUAAUCACACAAACUGUAAAUCUAACUGUUUUGGGGUCAUUCAUGUACUGUUUUAUUAUGCCUGUAUAUCCAGUAUAAGGGAAAACAAUGCUCAACAAUAAACAAACAAACAAAUAAAUAAAUAAAUAAAAUAACUAACUAACUAACA